CCCCACUCUGCCACCUCAAAACUCCAUUUCCUUUCUCCUUGAGUCACCUGACGCACACAGCCCCAAAAUCGCCAUUUCACUUUUUAAGCCCACCGAACUCUUAAACCUAACUUUGCCAACUGUGCGUAUGAACCGGAGGCAAUGGUAUCGGAGGAGGAGCUUAUCGGUCGGCUACGGGAGUUCCUGAGCACGUCGGACCUGAACACGACGACCACGGCAAUCGUUCGCCGGAAGUUAGAGCAAGAUUUCGGAAUCGAUUUGUCGGAUAAGAAGCCUUUUAUUAGAGAGCAGGUCGAUCUUUACCUCCAAAGCCACCUCGAAAAUGCCGACGAAGACGAUGAGGGACAUUCAAACGAAGAAUAUGAUGGAGAGUCUGCGAAGAUAAAAUCAGAAGAAAGUGACGGUGGCGAAAACGAAUCAGAAGAAGAGGAGGAGGAGGUAGAAAAGGAAUCGGAAGAAGCGAGUCAUGGAAAAAGAACCACCAAAAGAGGGUCUAAAAAGAGAAAUAAAGAGGUCAAGAAAAGAGGGGGUGGAUUUACCAAAUUAUGUGGUCUAUCUCCACAACUUCAGAAAUUCACUGGGGAAUCCGAAUUAGCCAGGACUGAGGUUGUCAAGCGACUGUGGAGUUAUAUUCGACAGAAUGAUUUGCAAGACCCAAACAAUAGGAGGAAUAUAAUUUGUGAUGAAAAGUUACGUGAACUCUUCAGUGUGGAUUCCAUAAACAUGUUCCAAAUGAACAAAGCCCUAGCAAAACAUAUCUGGUCAUUGGAUUCUGACGGUGCUCCUGUAAAUUCUACACCGAAGGCAAAACAGCGGAAGCAAGAGAGAGAAGAAGAAGAUUCAGAUGAACCAAAAAGAAAGGAAAAGCGGCAGAAGGGCAAUAAUUCAGGUUUUCUUGCUCCACUUCCACUUUCAGAUGCUCUAGUGAAGUUCCUUGGCACAGGGGAAAGUGCAUUGUCGCGGUCCGAUACUGUGAAGAGAAUCUGGGAAUACAUUAAACAAAACGACCUCCAGGUGUGUGCUUUUCACCAAAUACAAAUACGGCGGGAGGAUCACAGUAUCAGCAAUGCUUUAACAAGAAAGACGAUAAUGAUUGAUGAUGUCUUACCAUUUUUCAUCAGUAUAAUCAGAGACCAUUGAAAGAGAUCCCUCUGACAGGAGGAGAAUAAUAUGUGAUGAGAGGCUGAAAGAACUCUUCGAUGUUGACACCUUCCAUGGAUUUACUGUUUCAAAACUCUUAACCACUCAUUUCAUAAAAACAGAACAGUGAGUUGCUGGUGCAUUGUGAUCGUGAAGUCCAAGAGAAAAUGGGGAUUUUGCAUGAACUUAAGAUCCUAACUCUUCUUUUGAGCCCUCUGUAAUAUAUCCUUUUUGACAGUCCAACGAAGGGCACGUAGAGAGCACCCAAGAAGAAAGGUUGUUUCGAUUUGUGCACUCGAGAGUUUUUGUUGUUCCUUGAAUGCUGAUUUUGCUGUAUUGUGUUACUAGAAAGAUGUAACAUCAACACAGAUUGGAAAUUAUUCUUCUGUGCUACUUUCAACUUCCUAGAGAGUCCACAUAUGUGUAGCACAGGUAUACAAAAUCAUUUUAUGGAUGCUGAUGCAGUUACUCCAUAACAGACAACAAAGAUGAGGGUUAAUAGGUUUUUGAAUUUAUACUAUGCUUCUGUCGGAAUGGAUUUUGAUUACACAAAA